AACUGAAGAUCAAUUUAUUGUAUCAAGAUGGCGAAUUUAACUGAAAGUGUGAAACGUCAUUUUCCAUUGAAAAACAUUAAGGAUGUUGUCCUUUUAUUUCAAUCACAAAUUCAGAAUAAUGAUGAACCCAACUUGGCUUUACUUUCUGUUGUGGUUGGUUACAUAGAAAAUUUGUUGACAUGUAACAGAUCCUUACCUUUAAAUUGUGACGUAGAAAGUGCUCUUGAACCCGUGUUUCCAGUAGUUGAUAUUUCUACGAUUGAAGCAUUGUAUGCUAAGUUCAAAUGUCAAGUUAAAGGUUCAGUAGAUUUGACUCAAUUUCGGAGUAGCCGAUACGCUACUCGUGAAUUAGUUAAGAAAGUUUCAGAUAUUAUUUGGGGUUCCUUAACGAGGAGUUACUAUAAAGAUCGUGCACAUUUACAAUCUCUUUUCAGUUAUUUAACAGGUAAUAAAUUGGAUUGCUUUGGAGUUGCGUUUGCUGUUGUAGCUGCAUUUCAGGUGUUAGGAUAUAAGGAUGUUCAUCUUGCUUUGUCAGAAGAUCACGCUUGGGUAACAUAUGGUAAAGAUUCAGAAGAAACUGCAGAGGUUACGUGGCAUGGAAAAGGCAAUGAAGACAAAAGAGGUCAACCUGUGAAUGUUGGUGUAACAGAGAAAUCUUGGCUAUAUUUAAAUGGUUAUCCUGUUAAAUGUACACGGCGGAUGGAGGUAGCUGCUCUUGUCUCUGGCAUAAAUCCUUCAAUUAAUGCAGUAUCUGACAGCAUAGAGCUUGCACGACUACAACAGCAACUUCUUUGGCUUUUGUAUGAUUUAAAUCAUUUAAAGACAUAUCCUAUGGCUCUUGGGAAUCUUGGAGACCUUGAAGAAAUCUGUCCUAGUCCUGGGCGUCCUCCGCCUAUCGAACUUUUUCGAGAGUCCAUUAUGGCUGCACAGAGUUAUUAUUCCAAUAUGCAUGUGUAUCCUUAUACGUAUCUUGGAGGUUACUUAUACCGUAAUGGACGAUAUAAAGGUGCACUUGAAGCAUGGGCUAAUGCUGCUGAUGUUAUAAGAAAAUAUAAUUAUGGACGUGAAGAUGAAGAAAUUUAUAAAGAAUUUUUGGAAAUUGCUAAUGAGUUGAUUCCUCAUAUAGUCAAGGUUGUCAGUUCUAAUGGCUGUGAACCAUCUGGUCAAGCUGACAUUCCUUUACUUCAAGACCCUGAAUGCUUUUCCCACUUACUUAGGUUUUAUGAUGGAUUAUGUGAAUGGGAAGAAGGUUCUUCUACUCCUGUUUUGCACAUAGGUUGGGCAAAACCUCUUGUAUCCACAAUAUCAAAGUUUCCUGGAAAAGUUCGGUGUAUGGUUGACAUAACGGUUCCUGAAAAGAAACUGGACUUAGAUUCAGAAGUUGCGGACUCUGAAAAGAAUGAGGGAAAGAGGCCUUCCGAUAAAGCAAAAUCUGGGAAGGAGAACUCUGUUAAUGGUUCAUCAGAGGAAAAGCAUUCAAAAUCCAAUAGUCGUAAAAGUAUUUCUUCUGAAAAUGAAAAGAACAAAGGAAAGAAAAAGGAUACUUCUGCUGGCCAAGAAACAGAAUUUCUACAAACUCUUGAAACACAGAUAAAUUCUGAUGAAGAGCCACAUCCUAACAUUAGGGCUUUGGCUGCUGCUUGUGCUGAUAAUAUUUUAAAUCCUGAAUAUUUAUUGGGAUCUGGUGAACCAUUUUCCUCUAGAUCAUCAAGUUCAUCUUCUGAGAUGCAAGAUGGGCUCAACUCCAAAUCCAAUGGAACACCUGUUGUACCUGAUAUUAAUAGUGAACCAGGAUUGGAUAUUGAUUCUACUACAAAUUUUUUACAGAAUGAUGACCUGACAUCUGAUUCUGCUUCUGUUACUCUAACGAGUCAAAAGAUGAAAGGUCUGAAAGAUUUGCUUCUUGCUGAAAAGUUAAAUACAUCUGCGAUACAAUUGCAGCUUACUGCGCAAUCUCAAGUUCAAGUUGUGAAGAGGGGACGCCAAUCAAGUGAAUUUGAUUUGGGGUCUGGUGGACGUACGACAAAAAGAAGUAGGCGAGAUUAGGAGGCCAUAGUCAGGCCAUGUUCAAGUGUGAUAUUUAAAAGCGACGGAGAAGGUAGUCGCAGCUGUGAUUCGCAUGUGUAUAUCGCCCAUUGUCAGACUUCUUCCUUGUUCAUGCUUUCAGUACUUGUUCCAAAAGAAACAGUAUAAAAAGAUUGUACUUAGAAGAAGUGAUAGGAAGUGUGUAUAUAAUACACCAGAAAUUCCUAUUAUUAACUGUUUGAAAAAAGAAAAACCAGUUUAUCUCUUUAUUAAUAUUUGUUCACAACUGUUACUGUUUAAUCAUUAUCAUUGAAUGGCAACAGCUAGCAUUUUUAUUUCAGUCAGAGGCAAUAUUUAUCCUGUUCUAUUUGUUAAUUUUGUAGCUGUAUGUGUACAAUUUGCAACUUUUUAAUAUGUUUCAAUUCACAGCUUUAGUAAAGUGAUCAAUAACUGUGGUGUUUGGUACUUGUGUGUCUUGUUGUAAACAAUUGUUAAGCAAUCAAUUUUGCAUUACUUGUUGAGCUUCUUGUUUUAUUUUUUGUUUACAUGUUGAGAUGUUUAUUAAAAUUUAUAUAAUUGACCUGAAAUUUAAAUUAAAAUGUAAAUAAAUAAAAUUAUAUAUCUAUAUAUAUAUAUUAAUUGAACAAAGU